AUGGAGACGGGGAAGAAAGAGCUUUCACUGGUUAGCAAGUACAUAAAAGACAGAAUAAAGGAGAUAGAGAUAAACAUGCAGGUAAGAAACAUAAAAGAGCCACAGCACGUAAACAACACGUCAUUUGAAAGGAAAAUGCGAAGGAAGAUGAACAAAUCAAGGGCAAGGAAGCGGGUUAAGCUAAGCACAGCAGCAACAGAAGUAAACAUUAGAGAAUUAUCAUCAGAGGAAGUAUUUGAUUCUUUAAGUGAAACAGAUGAAAUAUCGAAUGAACAAGAAUUAGAAGAAGAGGUUGUAAGGAAAGACUGUCCAGCCAAGAGACACAAUAAAGAAGAAGAGAGUGUAAGGAAUGACUGUCCAGCCAAGAGACACAAUAAAGAAGAAUUAUCUGUUCAUAAACCAUUACAGGCACUAACAAAAAAAAGAAUGAAAUGCGGCUGUGUAUCUCAUGGAAGUGCAAGGAAUACUACAUUUGUACCUAAUACAUCCACAACAGCCAGUAGAAGGAAGUCUCUUAAUUAA